AUGUGGGUCCCAGAGAUCCUGGCACUGUUCUGGUUCCUGGUCCAGUUCACAAAUGCAGAGUUGGACUAUGUCUCUAAUAAACAGGGCUUGUAUCUGAGAGGAGACCAUAGCCUUGCAGGGUUGUUUCCUCUCUUUAAAACCGACGAUGACAGUAAUGGUCAGCCAGCUUUGGAGCCAUGCAACAAAGGGAAACCGAACAAACAUGGCUUCCACUUGAUGCAGGCCAUGCGCUUCACUGUGGAGCAGAUCAACAAUAGCUCCCUGCUCCCCGGAGUGACGCUCGGAUACCAGAUCUAUGACAUCUGCUCCAUCUCCGCAAGCAUCCUGGCCACGCUGGACUUGCUUGUGCACCAACAGGGAGGAGGCGAGGCAGAGGUGAACCAGAAGGGGAGCAGGGAGUUUGUGGCUGUCAUAGGACCGGACAGCAGCAGCAACAGUUUCACUCCAGCCGCUCUUCUGGGGGCAUAUCUCAUGCCACAGAUCUCUUACGAAGCUUCAAACGAAUUACUCAGUGACAAGAACCUGUACCCAUCCUUCUUCCGAACCAUUCCCAGUGACAAAAACCAAGUGACGGCCAUGAUCCAGAUUUUGAUCCGCUUCAACUGGACAUGGAUUGCUCUUCUGGGAAGCGACAAUGAUUACGGUUUACAGGGAAUGCAGAGUUUAGCCAAACAAGCUCCUUCCCAUGGCAUCUGCAUAGCUUAUCAGGGUAUCAUUCCAUCUGCUUCGGACAAAACAGCGCAACAGAUGAGAAACAUGGUGGACAGUAUACUCACGACUAAAGUUAACACAAUAGUGGCAUUUUCAAGUAAGAGUAAAUUGAGUGGGUUUGUGCCGUACGUUAUCGAGAAAAAUCUAACCAAUAAAGUGUGGUUAGGAACUGAAGAUUGGUCAGUGGCUACUCUAAUUUCAACCAUAUCAGGAGUCCAGAAGAUUGGGACAGUGAUAGGAAUAUCUGUAAAAAAUGCAGAUGUACAAGGGUUUGCUGAAUUUGAGAAGAGAGAUGUAGAGAAGUCCAUGCAAUACAAUGGAAGUAAAGAUGGUGAGAGUUCAGAAAAUGUGUGUCUGCAAAGCACUGAUCUGUAUAGUAUGGCCAUAAAUAACUAUUCACUGGAGACAUAUGACCUGACCUCUUCAUUUAACGUGUACAAAGCGGUGUACGCAGUGGCCCACGCACUUCAUACGCUGCUAAAGUGUGAUUCAAAAAACUGCAGCAACAGGACAGUGCAGCCCUGGGAGCUUCUUCCCUGGUUGAAAAGGGUGCGAUUCUCUGUAGACAACACUUCAGUUUAUUUUGAUCACAAUGGGGACCCGCCCACAGGAUAUGACAUAGUGACUUGGAUCUGGAGGGGCAAUGCGUGGUCACUGAGACUGCUGGGAUCUUUCAGUCCAGACCCCAUCUCACUGACCAUAAAUGAAGAUCUCAUUGAGUGGCAUAACACUGAAGCAGUUGACAAAGUGCCAUUGUCAAUCUGCUCUACCCCCUGUCCCACUGGACACAAGAAGAUCUUGACUGGACAACACAGCUGCUGUUUUGACUGCCAGGCCUGUCCUGCUGCCCACUUCCUCAAUAUAUCUGAUCCUACUGAUUGUCAGCCAUGUCCUGCUGUGAAAUGGGCCCCUGAGAAAAGUGAGCAUUGCUUGGACCGAACAGUGUUACUCCUGUCUUGGGAUGACCCUCUGGCAAUCGCCCUUCUCUUCUUCAUGGCCUGCUGUCUCUUCAUGACAAUCAGCUCCGCCAUCAUCCUGCUGCUCCACAUCACUACACCGGUCGCCAAAUCCGCCGGUGGUCGAACGUGCCUCCUUAUGCUCGCCGCUCUGACUUUAGCAGCUCUGAGUUCAUUGUGCCACUUCGGACACCCUUCUCAGUUGGGAUGUUUGCUAAAACACCCUUUAUUUAUAUUCAGUUUUACUGUGUGCUUAGCUGCCAUUACCGUUCGCGCCUUCCAAGUGGUUUGCAUUUUUAAAUUUGCUUCUAAGCUCCCUCCUACUUAUGACAGGUGGGCCAAAAACAAUGGGCCAGAAUGGACUAUUUUCAUUGUAUCUUUUGCAAUCCUUGUCAUUUCUAUUUUGCGAGUUGGUGUAGACCCACCAAAGCCAUCUAAAGAUUUUGCAUUUUACUACCAUAGCAUAGUCCUGGAGUGUAGCAAUACCUUAUCCAUUGGAUCAGUAGUGGAGGUUGCUUAUGUCUCGAUACUUAGUAUGCUAUGUUUUUUCUUCAGCUACCUAGGUAAAGACCUUCCAGCCAAUUACAACGAGGCUAAGUGUGUAACCUUUAGCUUGAUGGUGUAUAUGAUAUCCUGGAUUAGCUUCUUUACACUGCAUUUGAUUAGCAGGGGUCCGUUCACAAUGGCCGCCCACGUCUUUGCGAUUCUAUUCAGCGUUUUGGCUUUUUAUGGCGGUUACUUCCUUCCUAAAAUCUAUAUUAUUGUUUUAAAACCAGAGCUGAACACCACUGCCCACUUCCAGAAUUGUAUCCAAAUGUACACCAUGAGCAAACAAUGA